AUAAGUCAUUUGAGAUCAGGGCAUGGCGAUAAUUGUAACAACGAUGGCGGAGGCAAUUGUGAUAGUGAUGACGGUGGCGGUUGGCAGCGACGAUGAUGGCGAUGAUUUGCGCCAGUUGGGGGGGGGGGGAUGUCCGGCUGGGGGCGAAGGUGGGGCUGCCGACGGUAGUGGAGUGGCGGCGAAUCCGGCGAUGGUGUGGAGAAAGGAGCGGGCUACCUCGGAUAUGAUGAGACCGCCACGGCUUUGGUGCAGGGGGCUGGGGAAGAUGGUCGGAGAAAUUAGCGGUGGUGUGGCGGGCGACAAUGGAAGGGCUGUGGCAACAAUUGGGACUGGGUCAGGGCUGGGAGUAUCAUAUAAAUGAUGAGUUUCAUUAAAUUGAAUUGCCACAUUGAAAAAUGUUGCCAUGAAUGAGGCUAGGGCCGUGCAUCGGUCCAAACCCGGACGGGGACCGAAUAAGAGCAAAGUAAUGGA